CUGAUGAUAUUGUUAACAUCGUCAGUGAAACGGAUGUCGAAUAUCAAAGAACGGGACAAUUUUGUUUAGUGCUGUGUUUCAGUUGAUUGGAAUUAAAUCAGUUUUCCUGCUCCCAACUUUUAGAAGAAUGCCGGACGCCUUUGUAGGAAGCGGUGAAAUAUCGUUUAUUUUCCAGCUAAUGAGUAUAUCAAAUGAUACAAAGGAUGAUGGAGAAGAAAAUAUUCAAUUAAGUGAUGUCAUUGAAGUUAUUGAGACUGAUCCAGACUUUAUAGAAUCAAACGUGCUCUCACCAAAUCCCAACAUGUUAAACGGAGGUACAAUGGAGAUUUCUCCAGCUUUGCAUCAAUCCACGAGUCAAGCAUCGCCGUUGGCAGCAAAAAAGCAGGCCCGGAUUAGGAUAGUUGAACAACCCGCGUCGAAAGCCUUACGGUUUCGAUAUGAGUGUGAAGGAAGGUCCGCAGGGUCUAUCCCUGGAUCCAGAAGUACUCCAGAAAAUAAAUCAUACCCCUCCAUAAGGGUGGAGGGUUAUCAAGGUAGAGCUGUAGUGGUAGUGUCGUGUGUUACCAGGGAUGCGCCGUAUAAGCCCCAUCCCUAUAAAUUGGUUUCCAAGGCAAAAAACACAGAAUGCAAAAAUGGAAUUUUAGAGAGGAUUCUCGUAAUAAAAGGCCCGGAAACUCAGAUUUCGCUGAAAGGUAUCGGUGUCCAACGAAUCAAGUUAAAUGCCAUGGCGAAGUCUUUAGAGGAAAGAGAAUUUCUGGAAAUUGACCCGUUCAGUACCGGUUUCAGUCACAGAAACCAACCGACAUCAAUUGAUUUAAACGUAGUUAGGCUGUGUUUCCAAGUAUUUUUGGAAGGUGAUACUCCCGGAAAAUUCUCAGUACCCCUACAGGCUGUCGUCAGCGAGCCUAUCUAUGACAAAAAGGCCAUGUCAGAUUUAACAAUAAUCAAAUUAUCUGACUGCGUUAGUUAUGUAGAUGGCGGUAGAAAAGAUAUUAUUCUUCUAUGUGAGAAGGUAGCAAAAGAAGACAUCCAAGUGAGAUUUUUCGAAGAAAACAGCGAUUGGGAAGCUUUUGCCGACAUCCAGCCCGCACAAGUGCACAAGCAGCACGCCAUAUGGUUCAAAACGCCUAGGUACAAGACCAUCGACGUCAGAGAUCCCGUGAAAGUCUUCAUCCAACUCCGAAGGCCUUCAGACGGCGCAACCAGUGAAGCACAUCAAUUUGAACUUUGGCCACCAGAGCGAAAGAGAAAGAGACCUAAAUAUCAAAAUUCCGAACAAUUUGUUAGCGAAAUGCAAGAUAUUUCAGGCCCCAGCCAACAACAAUAUGGGACUCAAAACUACAAUAUGGAUCCUAUUAAGGUUGAACCAAGAACUACACCAUCUCCUUAUGGCGGUUCACUAAGUCCUUUCAACCAUUACGAAGUCAAUCCUGGUUAUCAAAUGAAUAUUUUAUCACCUCAAACUCAGCCAGCUUGGAACUCUCCUGUGGCAGGGCAAGCUCUACCAUCGAUGGGAAUGUGGAACAUCAACACCAACGAAAUUUCGAAUCUUAACCAGAUAGACGUACAAAACCUGGACAGCGGCGAGAUCGUCAGACAGUUCACAACAAUCGAUUCUCAAAAUUCUUUACCCAAUUUGGACAUUUCGUUAUCGGACAUCGUGCCUACCACGACAGAUAAUAUGACGGAUUCGAUUUCAAAGCUCGUGAAUAUGAAAAUCGACGAAAUAGGACCUUUUUAACACAAGGCUCAACUUUCAAGAGAUAAUGAUUGUUAAUCUCUCCAUUUGUUUACUAAAUAUUAAAAGUUCAAAAGACUUUAUAUUCCACAUGGAUAAUUUUAAUAUUCAAACUUAGAUCUCUCUUAAAAAAUCGUAAUUAAAUGUUACUGUACUUAUUAAUAAGAUUUUUAUAAGUAUUGCUUUUUUUGUGAAUAUAAAUUCUACCAGUGGUUAGAUGACCAUAAUGAAUGAUAAUUUAUCAAUUUUGAUACGCAUGUAGCGUGAUAAAAAAUUGAAGUUUGAAUUAAUAAAAACGAAAUUUCGAAUAAUUUUGUGUUUUGUGAUAUUUCUCAAUAUUAUUAAUAAAAUAUGCAUCACAGUAAAAAUAUACAUGGUGUUUUGUAAAGUGAUUUAACAUUGUUUUAAUGAAAACCGUGAGAUGUAGAGAGGUGAUUAAUGACAAAAAAAAGGUGAUUACAAAAUAACAAAAAAAUUCCUCAAUAUGCCAGAGGGGGCCAAAAGGGGAAAGUUCUCUGCACUUAAGAACCGAAAUAUGCAGAAACAUUUUUUAAAUUUUCCUUAGUGAGUCACAUAAAAAUCUAUCUAUAUACAUAAAAUUGUUUAUCCUGACUGACUGACUGACUGACUGACCUAUCAACCUACAGCCAAAACUACUGAGCCUAGAAAGCUGAAAUUUGGAACAUAGGUUUACUUUAUAACGUAAGCAUCCGCUAAGAAAGGAUUUUUCAAAAUUUUAACUUUAAAGGGGGGAAAUUGCCGGAAAUGGGGGGAGGGAGCUUUUAAUGAAACUCUUUGUUCGUUGAAGUUAGAAACAUGAAAAUUGGAAUUGUAGCUACUGACUACAAAUUAUUAAUCACGUGUUUCAGGGUUUUUGGAUUUUCACAUUUUAAGGGGGGGAAAUGGGGGGUGAAAAUUUAUUUGGGAGUAUCUGUUUUUGGUUCUCUUUAAAGUUAGAAACAUGAAAAUUGGAAUUGCAGCUAAAGAAUACAAAUUAAUAAUUACGUGUUUCAGGGUUUUUGGAUUUUCACAUUUUAAGGGGAGUAAAUGGGGGUAAAAGAUUUAUUUGAAGAUAUCGAUUUUUUAAAGGUAGGAACUUGAAAAUUGGAAUUGUAGGUUCUCAUCAUAAAUAAAUAAUGAAGUGUUUUAGGAUUUUUGCAUUUUAACAUUUUAAGGAGGGAAAUGGGGGGGUGAAAAUUUGUUUUAUAGUAUAUCCAUUAUAUUUUUUUGUUAUUUAAAGUUUGAAACAAAAAUUUGAAUUACAGCUACUGAUUAAAAAUAAAUAAUGACGUGCUCUAUUGUUAGAUUUUUGUAUGGUAGUAUCUUAAAAAUAAAC